AUGACUCAUUGCUUCAUUCAUGUCUCCAUUGUGCGUAGAAACCUAGGCAAGCAGCCAUUCCUAGGGACAUUGCAGGACAACCUCAUUGAGAUGGACAUUCUCAGCGCCUCCCGCCAUGAUGGGGCUUACAGUGACGGGCACUUCCUCUUCAAGCCGGGAGGCACCUCGCCGCUCUUCUGCACCACGUCGCCAGGGUACCCUCUGACGUCCAGCACGGUGUACUCCCCCCCGCCCCGGCCCCUGCCCCGCAGCACCUUUGCCCGGCCGGCCUUCAGCCUCAAGAAGCCCUCCAAGUACUGUAACUGGAAGUGUGCGGCCCUGAGCGCCCUUGUGCUCUCCGCCACGCUGGUCAUCCUGCUGGCGUACUUCGUGGCCAUGCACCUGUUUGGCCUAAACUGGCACCUGCAGCCGAUGGAGGGGCAGAUGUAUGAGAUCACGGAGGACACAGCCAGCAGUUGGCCUGUGCCAACGGACGUCUCCCUGUAUCCAUCAGGGGGCACUGGGUUAGAGAUCCCUGACAGGAAAGGCAAAGGAGCCACAGAAGGAAAGCCCAGUAGUUUCUUUCCAGAGGACAGUUUUAUAGACUCUGGAGAAAUCGACGUGGGGAGACGGGCUUCCCAGAAGAUUCCUCCUGGCACUUUCUGGAGAUCUCAGGUGUUCAUAGACCAUCCUGUGCAUCUGAAAUUCAAUGUGUCUCUGGGAAAGGCAGCUCUGGUUGGCAUUUAUGGCAGAAAAGGCCUUCCUCCUUCACAUACACAGUUUGACUUUGUAGAGCUGCUGGAUGGAAGAAGGCUCCUGACCCAGGAGGCACGGAGCCUGGAAGGACCCCAACGCCAAUCUCGGGGAGUCGUCCCCCCAUCUAGUCAUGAGACCGGCUUCAUCCAGUAUUUGGAUUCAGGAAUCUGGCACCUGGCUUUUUACAAUGACGGGAAGGAGUCUGAAGUGGUUUCUUUUCUCACCACUGCCAUUG